AGCGACUCACCUCCUCCUGCCAUGGUGUCCGGCACAGAAACCGUGCACUACAUCCACCUCCAUAACUCCAGCCAGUCCGUGCUGGAAGCCCUGCGCACCCAACGCCGCGAGGGCCUGUUCUGCGAUGUGACCGUACGGAUACACGACGCCUCGCUGCGCGCCCACGCCUGCGUCCUGGCAGCCGGCAGCCCCUUCUUCCAGGACAAGCUGCUGCUGGGUCACUCUGAAAUCUCCGUGCCCCCGCUGGUGCCCGCUGAAACGGUGAAGCAGCUCGUGGAUUUCAUGUACAGCGGCUCGCUGGUGGUGCUGCAGUCGCAGGCCCUCUGCAUCCUCACUGCCGCCAGCAUCCUGCAGAUUAAGACGGUCAUCGACGAGUGUACACAGAUCAUCUCUCAGAGGAAGGCGGCGGCAGGAGCGGCGAGUGCAGCUGCAGCAGCGGCCGCAGCGGCAGCAGCAGGAGGAGGGAUGCUUGGAGGAGUUCUGCCUAAGCAAGAAGAGCGCGGCGGGGGCAAAGGGAGGGAUAGCAGUAGCAGUGGAAGCUGCUCUGUUGGCGGUGCAGGUGGAGGUGGGGGAUAUGCAAACUUCUCCAACUUCAUGGCCGAAUGCGGGGCUAGCAACAUGGGUGGAGGGCUGGGUGGUGCCAGUGUUAGUGUCAGUGAGAGCGGCCCAGGCCCGAUGGAUCAAGCUAACACUGUCAAUCUGAUGGCGUUGGGCGACAUGGGCCCCGGCUCCAUGUGUGGCAGCGAUGGGAUGGGCGCUGGGCCAGGCACAAUCCUCAUGAAGCAGAGCUCCAGCUGUACUCAGGACGUAAGGUACAAGCUCCGAGACCUGUUGGCACAGACGGCCAACGGAGCCAGCACUAGUAGCACAGGGAACCUCUCGGCUGGCUGCAGCUCCGGUGUGGGCAGCGUGGACAGCAUUGGCAGGGACAGCCUCCGCGGCAACACAGCUGACCUCUCUGACGACCUUGUGGGGAUAGACAGAUACAGCGAGGAGGAGGACUUGGACGGGAGAGAGCGGGGAAGAGAUGGAGACAGAGACAGGGGGGUGAGCCACAGCCGCAAGCAGAGGCAGCCGCUAAGACUCCAGGUGCUGGGAGGCGAGGGAGUGGUGGUGAAAGAUGAAGGGGUGCAGGACACAGAUGGGACUGUCUACGCCUUGGAGGACGGGAGGCGAGAUCAAGAGCAGGAGGGCUCCCAGGAAUCGAUGCCAAGCUUCGGACAGGAUUUCUACGAUGAGCAGGGUGUGUUUUCCGAGAGUUUCUGGCCCCAGAGCGAGCCUCCUCAGGCCAUGGCUUUCAACCCCAGAGGAAGGGUCAACAAGCCUCUGACUCCACCUCCGACCACACAGUCCAUCAACAACCAGCUUCUGUUUCAGUACCCAGUGAGCCAGUCGCAGCCAGCUCCGUUUUAUGUCGGUGGGCCCAUGGGUGGGAUUGACAGCAUGGCGGGGACUGAGCCCAGUCAGCAGGCUCCGCCCCCCACUCCAAUGACCCCGGCCCCGCCGCCCUCCACCUCCUCUUGCUCCGCUGGGCCAUCCCCUUCAUCCCAGGGAUCCGAGACCUCGUUCGACUGCAUGCACUGUGGCAAAUCUUUACGUUCCAGGAAGAACUACAGCAAGCACAUGUUCAUCCACUCUGGUCAGAAACCUCAUCAGUGCUCCAUCUGCUGGCGCUCCUUCUCCCUGCGGGACUACCUCCUCAAACACAUGGUGGUGCAUACUGGCGUCAGGGCCUUCCAGUGCACCAUGUGCGGUAAGCGGUUCACCCAGAAAAGCUCCCUCAACGUGCACAUGCGCACACACCGUGCUGAGCGCACCUUCCAGUGCAACGUGUGCCACCGGGCUUUCACCCACCGCACCUUGCUGGAGCGCCAUGCCCUGCAGCACGCCCACCACGCCCCCCAGACCCCGGGCCAGGGCCAAGGGCGUGGAGCCGACAUGACCUCACCUACCAAGCACAGUCCUCCAGCUAUGGGAGGGCCCUCAGGUAUGGCUGGCGCGGCUGGCAUGGUUGGUAGCAUGGCCAACAUGCCCAGCCAUGGAGCUUCCUCCACCUAGAAAGAGAGCGAUGAAAAGUUAAAGGGGAGAGAAGGGGAGGUUAGUGAGCGAGCCCAUUCCUUGAACCAACACUUAUUUGGUCCUAACAGCCUUGUUGAUCUUUUGUUCUGGUGGAAGAGCGCUUACAGGUCCCCAUUGUUUUUAGCUUAAAGCCACCUUCAAUCAGGGUUCCUACACAGGGCUGGAAGGCCUUUUAAGUUUGAAAAUAUUGUAAAUGUAUAAAGUGUUUUGGAAUUGCACAAAAAUCCUGGGAAAGUUUGAGAGGAGAAAAAAAGAUUCCUUUUCUGGAAACCCGUCGUAAAUAGUUGUAGCCCUACUGUCAUUUCCUGUGUUGUGACAUUUGUUGCCGUGAGGAUUAAUCAUCAGCUGUAGAGCAGCAUCGCUAGCAAUCACACGCCUCAUCGAAUAGCCAUCCAGAAAAAGUCUUGAAAUGUGUAGGAACCCUGUUUCAAAGAGACCAGAGACUCACCAAAGAGGUUAGGAAAACAGCCGGGUUUGGGUGAGGAGGAGGGAGGGUGUGGCGUUUCUAGGUGGAGGUGGGGGUGGGGGGUGGGAUGAAGAUUGGUGUUAAAAGGAGUUGCAUGUUAGGGGUGGGUGGGGCGGGCAUUGUGCAAGGUUUGAUUCACUCUCAAUUCAUUUAAUUCAAUCGAUUCUCCUCGUCGAACCUUUAAGUCCUAUAAAUCAACCAUGAAAAUAACAGGAGCAACGAGCUCAUGUGACGGUUGUAGCAAAUGGUUUUGUUGGAGACAUCGGCAAAUACGUGAGUAAAAUGUUGUCCUAACUAAUAGAUGAAGCAAUUCUAAAAGGAGCCAUAGCAUAAAGAAUUUAUUUUUAAGGAUUUUAUCAUCAUAUUUUGCUGCCUCUUGUGUACUAGCAAGGUAGCGCGAAAAUGUCAGUUAGCAUUACUAUUAUUAACAUGUUUGUUGUCCAGCUUUUUUUAUUAUCCUCCUUCUGAUUCUGAUACUUGCAUAUGUAUAUUAAUUAUAUACUUGACCAGUUUAGUAUGUCAGUGAAAACUAGCCCUUGCAAAGUAGUGCUAUCUAGCUAGCUUGCUAGCUAUAGCUGAUGGCCUGAAUCAGCCAUAAGUAUUGCACCGUGGAACCAGUGGAGCCUUCAGUCUACAAAGAAAAAAUAUUUUUCAAAUUAAAUUUCAGUGAGUAAGUUAAAGAUUCAUUUAAUGAAGCUGAUCAGUGUGGUCCAAUGUAAACAGUUUUACAUGACAAAAGUCUUGUAAAGACUCAGCACUUCGAGCACAGAUCAGAUAGUCCUGCUUCAUGUCGUUCGUUUAUUUUGCUUCCACCAGUUUUCAUAUUAAGAUGUUUCCAACUUAAGGCAAAGUCCUACAAGGUCAGUUUGAUGUCAGGGUUAGGUUAGGAGUGAACAGUUGUUUGAUUUCUUAUAGAAAUCACAGUUUUCCCUUUGAUAACUGCUUCAUUUCAAAGGCUGCAGGUGGGAGUGUAAGUUCUUCAGCACAUCUGACCAGUGGUUUAAACCGACUCACCACAUUUUAAGUCUACUCCACAGUAAAUAGUGAACUGCUUGAUUUAAAAUACGGAUAUUAAUGCUGAAACAAUUCCUCGAGUUAAUCGUUUACUAAAAUUCCUUGUGGCAAAAUUCUCAGAAUCGAGGCUUCGUUUAAUCCACUACAUACUAGACCCAACGUCACUAACUAGUCCGGACUCAGACUUCAUCUGAUACAGACUCAGACCUAUAAUCAAUAAAUUAAAAGGGGAUUUAAAUUUGACGGAGCGCUUCUAUUUUAACCCUCAUGUCGUCCUGUGGGUCAAAAUUUACCCGUUUUAAAGUUUGAAAAUGUGGAGAAAAAAAUAUAUAUUUUCACAGUGAAACUUCUGAUGUCCACAUUUUCAACAACUUUGAGAAAUCCUUGAACAUUUUUGGUGACAAAAAAAAUGUUGAAAAUGUUUCUUAAGAACAUUCACAAAAAAAUCAACCAAAAUCCAGGGAAUUUGCUGGAUUUUUUUUGUGAAUGUUCUUAAAGAAAGUAUUAGAAGUUUUACUGAUUUAUAUGUCAUCACUUCAGAUAUUUUUUACGGGGCAACUUUUGUAGUGUUCACAAUAUUUAGCAGAUUAGAGGACUGUACCAGUUUAAUAUAGUCGGGCUUUCUUUGUGCGAGUCAACCAAAACUAAAACCUCAGUCAGGGUUAACAGGGAUGAAGGUGGUUUUCAACAUAGAGAAAAUAGGUCAGUUGCCAAAGAUAAAACAACAUAUUGUACAUGACAUGGUAUGAAGAGCGACAAAGCCAGCAUUUGGUGCUUAUGAUGGUCGCUUAAGUCAAUAACAGGACAGUCAAAGCCGUUGGUGUCAGCCGGAGCUCAGAGAUUUAAUAUUCAGUUUAUAUUAUUAUUUUCAUUUUCUAUUCGGUUAAGUUUGUGCUCCUCUCCUCCAUUUUGUUGGUUCCCUGCAUCGUGUAAAAACAGCAGCAUUGAUGACACCGCCACCUUUCUGAGAAGUUCUGAGAUUUUAUGUGCACAUAUUCACUUGAGCUCAAAAGGCUGCCUGUGUAAACAAUGCCUCAGUUUUUACUCUUUAACAGAGCUGCUGUUUUUCUGAUGAAGUGCACCGAUGGAUAUUUUUACCAAAUCCUACAGACAUGCACUACCGUUCAAAAAUUUGGGGUCGUUUAGAAAUGUCCUUAUUUUUGAAAGAAAAUAUUUUUUUUCCAACAAUAAAUUAAUCAGAAAUACAGUCUAGACAUUGCUAAUGUAUUAAAUGACUAUUCUAGCUGGAAACAUCUGAUUUUUAAUGGAAUAUCUCCACAGAGGUACAGAGGAACAUUUCCAGCAACCAUCACUCCUGUGUUCUAAUGCUACAUUGUGUUAGCUAAUGGUGUUGAAAGGCUAACUGAUGAUUAGAAAACCCUUGUGCAGUUAUGUUAGCACAUGAAUAAAAGUGUGCAUUUUCAUGGAAAACAUGAAAUUGUCUGUGUGACCCCAAACUUUUGAAUGGUAGUGUUGUUUAAGCAACAUGUACAGCCAGUUAUGUGUAGUUGGACAGCUAACGUUAACGACCUUUGAAUGCACCUUUUGGUAUAUUUGAGAUUUAGAAAAGGACCUCCUGAAAUAAGUGAAUUGAAUGUGAAUGGAACCCGGCAUCAUUUAGGAGGGGAUGAGGGCGACAAAGAAGAUUGUUGAUGAAUGAAUCGACGGGGAAGAAAAAUAGUCAAGUGAGACUGCAGCAGUAGGGAGGGGAGGGAGGGAAAGGGAGGUGGGGUGGGGUAGGAGGAGAAGGAGGCGGGAUGCACAGCAGCGUGAAUGAAAUUCACCAUCAUCCAUCAGACCGCUUUGUAACAUUUUCCACAGGCGCCACCGUUCGGCCCCAGGAUCAUAUACCUCGAACCAGGAUGAGCCCCUGACGGCUCAGAGGGACACUAUUUUCUCAUUUGAAAUGUUUGGGAAACAUUUCGGCAUGUUUUACACACACACACACACCUACAAUUACCUCGGUGGUCCAAAGACAGGCAUUAUGCUUCACAUCUUUUAAGCUACAUCAAACGAAGAAACCGUGAAAACUAAAGCUACGAUAGAUCCAUUUACUUUUGAAAGCUUGCUAAAGUAAUUCUGUGUAAAAUUCCUGUACAUCACUAUAACGCUCAGUUUGUUAUUUGUUGCUCAUGUGAUUCUUUGAUGCAGAAAUAAGGGAGAGCAUUAAAAAAAAAAGUCUUUUCAAGAGAAAGAGCCAUUCGGAGGAGGUUAAACUUGGAUGAAUAACUAUGACAAAUCAGUGACUAUUAUCAGGAUUUUUAUUGAGUGUUUGGUUGUGUUUGUCUUUUGGGGCUCUGGUUAAUAAUAAAUGGGAAGUGUUUGUUGCUUAAAAAAAUAAAAGCUUUUUUCAUGGCACUAUAAAAAAACAACUUUUCAACCUUUUAGUAAAACUAAAUUAAUCAUGAAAAUGUACAAUCACCCCUUCAAAUUUGGACAACGUCGAACGUGUGAUAAUGUAAAUUAUCACAUUAAUAUUUAUGACGAUUUGAUCUCUAUGCACAAUUAAGUUUGCACAUCAUGUUACUGAGACCUAGGUGGUGUUGUCCCCUAAAGUAUUUGGCCUAAGAUUGGUUUUUUAUUUUACUUUUUUUUUAACACCUUAAAGGUGUUUUUUAAAAAGACCUAAUGUGUCCCUGCUUUUUGCUCAUUUUCCUCAGUGUUUGUUAGUCGAAGCAUUAUAUAAUAUCCAGUAGUUUUCUUCGACUUUGUAAGAGCCUUCUAAUUGCCAUGAUUUUAUAAGUGGACCUCCCUAAUAUUUGAGAAAUUUUGAGCUUUGAGAAUUUUUGCGAGUGAUGAAAUAAUUUGACAAAAAAAUCACUUUAAUCGAGACUUCAUUUCAUUUAAAAAAGGAAAAAAAAAAGUGAAUCCAGCUAAGAUUAAAAUUCUUUCUGCCUUGACUUCACUAUAAAUAUUGACAUAAAAUGUCCCACUUCAAUGUGGAAAAAAGCUGCUUAUUUACACAGAGCAGGCCUGGCAGCGUGCGAGCGUUGGCUUCUGAACGUUGCAAACUAACUUGCAGACUCAGUAGUUUGUUUCUCCAGUGUUGUGGUUUAAAAAGAGUUAAAGUGAAGCUGGACUGAAACUCCUCCAACUCGCUGUCAGUUAUAAGCUAUAUAGAAAUUUUACCGCCAAAACUUUGGUGCUUUCUUUUUUUUUUUUUUUUGAAAAUAUUUACCUCAUUAGCCAGUUGCCAACGCCGCGCUGUGGUCUGGGUUUGGUAAAUAAGCAGUGUUGAGCUGUUUCAGAGGUUUGAUCUAUCCUCAGCAGUGGAAGUGGUUUUGGUGCAUUUUGUCUGAGGCGGACCCUUGUACAGUACUGUAAUAUGUGUGCUUUGAAGCCAUGUCAGCGCAUUGUAACGUACUGUGUUAUGCCUUUUUUUCUGUUCUCUGUUUUGUGUUUUAUUGAGACGGAUGAUAAUUGUUUUUCUACAUUAAUAUUUCUUUAACAGAGGUUAAAUAUGUCAGAAGAAGAAACAGUCAUUUUAUAAAAAAAACACUUGUCAUCGUAAACAUACAUCUUUUAUGUAUAAAAAGACUAAAGGCAUGAUUUUAACUUUUUCUGAGAACUUAGAUGUCGUACUCAAUGAAUUAAUUGAAUUUUAAAAAUGAGUGAUUUCAAAGAUUUCUUUCUCCAAAUAAAAAGUCUUCUAUGGCUCCCAGCCAGA